UUCAGUAAAGACUUUUAUUUUGGAAUGUGCUUGAAACUCGACUUACAGGAGGGAUGCCACUCCAAGAGCCCGUCGUUUUUAAAUCUUUUUACAUUUUACAGACUCCUCGGUGUUUCCGUCAGUAUACCCUUGAUUUUCAAACGACAGUAGAAUAUUUUGUACACUAACCGAUUCGUUUGUGUACCGUUAAAGAUCUGGUGAGGAUGUAUGUGAGUGAGGGCUGUGGAGCAGUGUAUGUCAGGGAGAAAGGAGAACUGCGGUGUGUCACUGCAGACAGAAAUCAUUCUCCGCAGCACAGACUCUUCACCAGAGACUUCUCCUUUCAACUCUGCAUCGACACUUUACCAGCUGCGAGCCGCUCAAAGAGAAGAGACCACUUCAUAUUUACAUACAACAAAGAGGGCAGUCUGCGUUACACGGUGAAGUCUUUAUUUGACAUAUCUUUACAGUUCAUCGCUGAUCAUAUCGAGCAUGUGGACUCACUGGUCGGUUUUCCUGAGCAAAUGGCUGAUAAGUUGUUCUCGGCCGCUGAAGAGAGACACAAAUUCACCGAGCCACACACUGCACCCAGAGCACUGCAGGUCUUCUGUGAGGCCUACGGAGAGCUAGUCCUGAGAUCCCUGUGUUUGAGAAACAGGAAUCUUUUGAUAUGCGAGAGGUUGGACGAGAUCAGACAGUUUCAGAAUCUGGAGAGCCUGGACCUCUAUGGAUGUAGAUUGGGUGACAACCACCAGGUUUUCAAAUACAUAACCUCUGAAACCCUGGCUAGUCUUGUGAAGCUUUUCCUAGGUGCAAACUGCCUUUCUGAUGCAGGACUGCAGAGACUGACCGCGCCGGUGAGGGUGAUGAAGAAAGGUCUAGAAAAUCUGCAACUUUUGGAACUCUCUGAGAAUCCCAUUACUGAGAAAGGUCUUGGAUAUAUAACAUGCUUUAAAAUGCUUCAGAAACUGGACAUAUCUGGGACAAAUGUGACGGUGAACGUGUCUUUGAAAGGGUUCUUCAGAAAGAAUAUGAGAAUGGUCUUAUCAGAAACCCCUUUGAAGGAGUUUGGACACUCUGAUUGUAAGACUGAAGGCUGGGCUGAACAGGUAAUAAACCAGUGGGAAAUUACAGCUUCUGAAGUACCAAAGAAAGACCCCAAACCGAGAACAAAUGCUCUGCGUUUCUAUGGAAGAGAAAAGUUUGUCCGAGAGACACUAAACUCCUGCUCUGGGACGAGUGACAACACAAAGAAAGACAAAGUUGUGCCGAUUCACUUUUCUAAGGUUGAUCUCUGUGGCACGAGCUCAACAGCAGAGCACAACUCACUUUCGUCAACAGUGGCAGCUGUUCAGAAGGGCAAGAAGAGGAGACUAUCAACAGAGGAAGACCAAAGUUCAGCUCCUCUGUCAAAGCGCCAGUCUCUGUCUGCGGAGGACUUAGAUCUUUUAAACAGUUAUUGAGUGGACACAGACAUGUGACAUUCCUCUGUGAGGAACAUGACUCUGAAAUGCUUUUAGUUUGGAUUCUUUACAAUUAAAAACGGCUUAUUUUUUUA